UUUUGUAAAAUAAAUUUUGUAAAUUGUAAGACGCAAAAGGACGAACAUGUUAAUAAAUGAACCAUUUGAAGCAGAUUAACAAUGGAGGAUUAAGCAUUUCUUUGGCAAAAUGUGACUGUUGAUGAAGAUAUUAGAUAGAACUUUGAAAAUUUGAUUUUAAAAUUGGUAAUUCUCAUUUCCUAGUUAAAUAAAAGAAUUUCCAUUAAUCUCAUUUAGCAACUUCCUUUUGAUAUAGUUUUGAGUGUCGUGAGUGUUUAUAGAAAUUAAAGCAUUGGUACACAAUUAAGACAGAAGAGGUGAAUGAAUUGUGCUCGCAAUCGAAUUUGCCUUCCAAAUGUUGUACCUAUGACUGAAACGGUAAUUCCUUUUGCUGUAUCGAGUCAGUAUGCGACACCAUUAGAAAUUGUAAGUAGUCCAACUCUAAGCGGUGAACAUAAAUGUCUUGAACCACAAUGAACAACAUGCAUCAGGAAAACGAAAGGAAAUACAUACAUACAGAAUCAACACAUCUCUUGAGAAAAACUGGCUACAGAAAAAGAAAGCUAGCGACAAAGUUGAGGAAAGUGGUUGUCAUGGUAUCCUGUAUAAUGCAGCUUAUUAUAACAAGCGGUAUUGGAUAUGGCCUGAGUGUAAUGUACGCCGAACUUGUCAUUGUUUUUAAUGCUAAGAGAGCCGACGCCGCUCUCAUUCAAAGUCUGAACAUGGGAUUGUCGUGUUCCAGUGGUAUUAUUUUCACCAGUCUGAUAGAUAGGUUAGGCCCGGGAAAGAGCAUUGUUAUUGGUGGUAUUGUCAGCAGUCUUGGAUUGUUCCUCAGUGCAUUUGCUCAUGGACUUACUCUUAUUAUUCUUUGCACCGGAGUUUUAUCAGGAGUGGCGAUGUCAAUAAAUUUUCUAUCUGCUUUCAUGACAACGAGUUUCAUGUUUCCGAAUAGCGCUAGUCUAUUUCUCAUCAUAUUGACCAGUGGACAUAGCAUUGGACAGUUUAUUGUUCCCCUUCUUUAUGAGUUAUUUAUUUCACAAUAUUCUUGGUCCGGCGCAUUCAUUCUUAUCUCAGGUAUAUCUCUACAUUACAUCCCAUGCGGACUUGUUAUUCACUGCUCGAAGGAUUACUUUGUUACUGAAAGAAAGUCUCACACUAAUACAUCUAACACAUUUUGUGACAAAACGCUCUUAAGAGAUGUAGUUGUCUGGAUCCUUAUGAUGACAUGCCUUGUGCAAUAUAUCACGUUUAACGUUGAAUCCUGGUUUAUUGUGGACCAUAUGGUAUCACGUGGCUUCACACGAGAGUCUGGUUCAAUGCUUGUAUCAAGCCUAGGAAUUGGCAGUUUCAUUGGUCGUUUUCUUGGGGGAAUACUUCAAUAUGCAAUUAAAUGGCCUACGGUGUAUCACUGGGUAUAUUUGUGUACGCUUACAGCCGGACUUCAUGCACUUAUAAUUAACUUGAACGAGUUCUGGUCUCUAUUUGUUUCUUGUGUGAUGUACGGUAUUUUGUUUGCUGUAACCUCGGCACAACUUCCGGCUAUUGUUUUCGAGGCAUCUGGACAUGAAAGAUAUCCACGAGCCAUGGCACUGAUAAAUAUAGCAUGUGGCCUUGGUGACACUCUCGGUCCUAUCUUAGGCGGUUUCAUUAAAGACAUUUUCGGUGAGUAUGACGUAGUAUUCUAUAUAGCUGCUGGAGGAAGUCUUUUCAUCAGUGGUACAGCAAUUAUCAUUUCAUGCAUUAUAAACUACCGAAAGUUUCGUUCUGAAUCGGACAUUCUGGCGUUUGAUGUGGAGUAUAAAACAUUAAAGUGAAUAUUUGUAUACAAUAUCAGUGCGAGAGUAAUUCAUAUUGUGGUGUGUACUGGUUACACACAAUGUGGUAUAUAGUAAUGAGGUGAAAUACAAAUUAAAAAUCUUCUAAUGCAUUGAUUAAUUGUGAACAUGUUUACAACGAGUGAAAAAUAAUUUUGAAAAUUUCACGUACUUUUAUGUCUGUAAUUUUAAAGGAUUAAAGACUUUUUACAAUCUCCAUUUAUGAAAUAAAUAGUCAUCAUAAA